CUUUAACAUUAUUCACUGCAGGAUCAGUGGAUCACUUUUGCACCAUAAUCAAUUUAUGUACUGUGCUGUGAGGCGUAAGCUGACCAGGCUCAGGGCUAGCUGUUUUUUAAAUUACUUAUCUUCUUCCUCUGGAUCUUUGAGCAAGAAAUCCAGCACCAAUUAUCUUCCUACCAUGAGCUCUGGGAGACUGGAUACACCUCAAUUUAAAAGCCUAUUGACUCCUGAUCUUCUAAGAAUAGAGGAGUUGUUCAGGUCGGAAGGUUACUCAUUGCGUUUGGUUGGUGGAGCCGUCCGUGACCUCCUGCUGGGGAGAAAUGCUAAGGAUAUUGACCUAGCAACAGACUGCACUCCUGAUGGAAUGAUAAAACUGUUUGAGAGAGAAGGAAUUAGUUCUAUCGAUGAGAGGAUCCACACUGAUCGAUCCAACGACUAUGAGAUAACGACACUGAGGAUAGACCACGUGACUGAUGGAAGACACGCUCUUGUUCAGUUCACCUCCGACUGGGUCAAAGAUGCCGAGAGAAGGGACCUCACUAUUAAUUCCAUGAGUCUUGGUUUUGACGGAAAACUCUAUGAUUAUUUCGACGGUCAGAAACACCUUGCAGAGAGAAAGUUAUUAUUUGUGGGAGAUGCUGUAUCAAGGAUACAGGAAGACUAUCUUAGGAUACUGAGAUAUUUCAGGUUUUAUGGUCGUAUAUGUCUUCUACCCAAUGCCCAUGAUCCAGAUACGCUGACUGCCAUUAGGGAUAAUGCUGUGGGUCUCACUAAGAUAUCAGUGGAGAGGAUAUGGAGCGAAAUGAGUCGUAUACUGGUCGGUAACCACUCACCCCAUCUCGUUAGUCUAAUGUAUGAACUGGGCGUGGCAGCUAAUAUAGGUUUGCCUGAUGAUGGCAAUUUGAAUGAGUUGACUAAAGUAUGGGAGAGCAUGCAUGGACGCUAUCAGUUGGAGCCGGUUUGUUUGUUAGUCUCUUUACUGAAAUCAGGAGAAGAAGUCGAGAGGUUUAGUAGACAAUGGAAGCUAUCGAACUUGGAGCGGAAGCUAGGAAUGUUUGUGAGCAACGAGAGAGAGGCUUGCUAUCAGGGAGCACCACUGAAGUAUUACAAGGAUCAGUUAGUUGAUGGAGAGUUUAGGAAUCAUGUACUGGAAUUGCUCAAGUAUUGUAGCCGGUUCCCUGAUAGCACUGAGCUAGAGGGAUGGACGGUACCUGUAUGUCCUGUGAAUGGUAAUGACUUGAAGAAGGCUGGGAUAGCUAGUGGACAAAAAUUGGGUGAAACUUUGAAGGACGUUAGAAGAAAGUGGAAGGAAAGUUGCUAUGAAUCGUCGAAAGAGGAUCUACUUGCAACUUUAAAAUGAUUUUUAAAAAUAUAAAUAUAAUCUUUAUCAUUAUUAAAUCUAGAGUUAACAAUGAAUCUCAUUUUAUUUGUAGUAGAGUAAUUAAUCAAUUAUCGGACUAAUCAAACUUCGGACAGUUAUAUUUUGAAAACUAAACAUGACUUUCCAGUGAUUUUUGCACUAGAUAUAGAUCAUCACAAUAUCUGUUUGCAUGGUAAAAAUCAAAGCAUUACCUUCUUUCUUUGUAAAGAUAUAAUUUGCUAAACACA